AUGUCUACCAUGCAGCAAAAUCAUAAAUCCGUUGCAACAAGUUAUACUGCAAACAUGACUCCUGGUGAUAGUACAGGUAUCCCUAAUCUUAAACCAGUGACAAUUAAAAAUGAGGUUCCAAAUACUCCAGCAUCUCUAGAUAUUUUAAAUCUUAAUAGUAAGAACCAAAGACUUGAUCUUGGUUCUAUGAUUGAAGAAUUUAUUGAAUUGCUAGGGAAGGAUAAUUGGAUUAAAUAUUCACAACUUAUUAGUCGAUUUAUUUUAGGGAAAUUAUCUAGAAAAGAAUUGAGUCGUGAAUUUGAUUCGUUAUUUGGACAUCCACCAAAUGUUCAGGGUAAUCAAUCAGCUGCCCUAGCAUAUUCCCUCACGAAACCAUUUGACGAUUCACAAUCUGAUAUUAAUAAUUCAAAUGAGAUUACACCACAUACAAUUAGUUUACAGCGACCGAAGUUAAUUAGAUUGCAUAAUCAAUUGUUAUUAGGAAUAUUUACAAACACUUUAAGAGACUCUCCAUUGGGUGCAUCUGAUAAAUCAUGGGGGUUCGGGUCAAGUGUUGGUAAUAAAGGUCUUAAACGUGUUAAUAAACAUAAUUCACAAAUUGAAACUUAUAAGAAAAUUGUCAUGUCCUUACCUAUGUCUGAUAGAACAAGAUUAAAGACAAUCACUAAAGAAGCUGGUAAACGUGGAUUCAUUUAUUGUUCGGUAUUACAAGAUAGAUUGACUAAUAUACCGAAAAUACCUAUUGUAACAAAUCAAGAAACAUUAAAACGCAUUAAAGCUAAUAAUCUGAAGACUCCAUUAGAAUGGUCCCAGGAUAUCAUGAAUGGGUUUAAUGCCCCAUUGGCAACUGACAAUUUUUCUUUACCGGAUACUGAUAGUCUCUAUUUAAAGAUGACCGGUAUAGCUAGGGAACAUGGUUUAGUAGGAAGUGUCGAUACAAGAUGUGUCGAUAUGAUGUCGUUAGCUUUGGAUCAUUAUUUAAAGAAAGUUGUAGAGUUUGGUAUCGACUCGUUAAGAUACAGAACUAAGAAAUAUUCAGAUUAUUAUGAUUUAAAUGAAGAUGGUAUAUUUUCCUCGGUAACGGAUAAGAAUAAUGAUAAUAAUUUCUUAACAAAUAAAAUUCCUGGAUUACCUAUUGUCAACUGCGAUGAUAGUAAUGAUAAUAAUAAGAGUAACGGCAGUGAUGAUGAUGACGAUUAUGAUAAGAUGGAUAUAGAUACAGAGAAUGAUUCAAAGACCGAAAUAUCUACUGGAAUAUUGAAGAAAUAUGAUUCGAAACCAAAGAUGGCCUUGACCAAUGAGGAUAUUUAUAAUGCGCUUUCUGUAUUUCCAAAUAUAAUGAAAUCGUCAACGAGUGCGUACUAUAAUAUUUCCAAUAAUGGUCUGAGAAAUGAUGAUGAUUUGGUUAUAACGAAUAGUGCAAUUGACGACAUGCCAGAAUUUGCCAAUGAGAAACCAAUGUUUACUCCUAUAGAUGAGAGGAAUGUUGGUACUAGAGAAGAAUUGAAUUGGUUAAUUAAGGAUAUUUUAACCGAAAAAUAA